AUGGGCAAGCAAGUUUGGACAUACCGUCAUCACGAUCACCUCAACUGCCCGUUUGGGUGGAGUUCAACAACCGCACUGGGGCACUUUGACCCAUGCAAGGCGGGUCAUCUUGUUCUCUGGGACUUGGGCCUUUUAGUCCAAUUUCCCCCAGGUUCAACCCAGCCCUCGUUCAACCCAGCCCUCGUUCGCCACUCAAAUUUACCAGUGCAGCCGGGUGAGACUUGA